GCAGCGCGGGGUGAGGAGGGAGGGAGAGGAGGGAGAGCAGGGUUCGUCUUUCUCCAGGGAGAGAACUUUCCCCAGAACGCCGGAAACUUGUUCCUGGGCGCGCAGAGUCGGGACAGGCGGGCGUGCUCGGCUCGUGGUGACUCACGCCGGGGGAUCCCGAGCGGGUCACCACGCCCGAGUCCAUUUGAAAACCCUGAGGUGAUACAUGGCAAGUGUCUGCUGUCCUACAGGAGCUCAGUAAGCAGUGCCUUUCUAGUCAUCCUGGGCCCUAGAAACUCACUUUGGCUGCCGUGAGACAGAGGAUGGGGCAGGCGAGUUAAGUGACUGCUCGGCGUCUACGUCCUGAUGGUGUGGAAGGACCCUGGUCUUCACUCAGGACCUGAGAAGGUGCUCCACACUGGGCUCUGGCUGCAGAUGCAUCAGCAGGAGUCAAAGGCCGGAGCCUUGGUGGAAUUCAUUUGCAUUUUCCACUAAGUGCACUGUCUUCUGGCCUGGACCCGGCGGACGGAGGUAUGCCCUGGUCCCCAGGCCCUGUCACUUGUAGCUGUGAGAGAAAGGGAGACAGUACAUUCUUUUUCUCUGAGAAAAACAUCCUGGAUCCGGGUGCAGAGCUUUCAGAGAAACCCACGUGAGGUAGUCGGCCAAGCCCUAAUCUCCUGCCUUGGUACUCAAUCAAGCAAGGCAUAUGGACCGCGGAUUGGCAGGACGUAUCAGUGCCAGGACCGUGGCUCCUGGGCUCUCCUUAGCAUUGUCUACAGAGUUGUCUCUUGGUCCACAACACCAUGGGGUCUGCAGAAAGUCCCAGCAGUGUCCACAUUGAUGGAUGUGUGUGGGGAGCACAGAGGUGUUGCCUGAGAGUGUGGAUUUCAAAACUCCCAAGGGCCGGGAGGCAGCCCUGAGGGAAGCUUUUCCCCGUGGGCAGCUGGAAACUUCUGGUCCCAUAAAGACAAAGCCGACGCCUUGCCCGGACUUAUGACCCGUGGCCUCGCUCCCAUCCUGCUCACUGAGGUCCACAAGAUGGGCUCCUUCCGCAGGCCGAGACCGCGCUUCAUGAGCUCGCCGGUGCUCAGCGACCUGCCCCGGUUCCAAGCCACCCGGCAGGCUCUGCAGCUGAGCUCCAACUCGGCCUGGAACAGUGUCCAGACUGCUGUGAUCAACGUUUUCAAAGGGGGUGGCUUGCAAAGCAACGAGCUCUAUGCACUGAACGAAAACAUCAGGCGGCUGCUGAAGAGUGAGCUUGGAUCAUUCAUCACAGACUAUUUCCAGAACCAGCUUCUUGCAAAAGGACUGUUCUUUGUGGAGGAGAAGAUCAAGCUGUGCGAAGGUGAAAAUCGCAUUGAGGUUCUGGCUGAAGUCUGGGACCACUUCUUCACUGAGACUCUCCCCACCCUGCAGGCAAUAUUUUAUCCAGUUCAGGGACAGGAGCUGACCAUCCGCCAGAUCUCCCUGCUGGGCUUUCGCGACUUGGUCCUACUAAAGGUUAAGCCGGGUGACUUGCUGCUGCUGUCACAGUCUAAGCUGCCUUCCUCCAUUAUCCAGAUGUUGCUUAUCCUGCAGAGCGUUCACGAGCCCACGGGCCCCAGUGAGGGCUACCUGCAGCUGGAGGAGCUGGUGAAGCAGGUGGUUUCUCCUUUCCUGGGCAUCGGCGGGGACCGUGGCUUCUCGGGCUCCACACACACACUGGCCAGGAGGCACUCCAGAGUCCGGCCCAAGAUGAUGCUCCUGAACUAUGCCUCUCCGCUGGCCACGGUCAGUCAGCCGCUGAACGAGAUGGCUCUGACCCCACUGACAGAGCAGGAGGGGGAGGCCUACCUGGAGAAGUGUGGCAGCGUCCGGCGGCACACAGUGGCCAAUGCCCACUCCGACAUCCAGUUGUUGGCUAUGGCCACCAUGAUGCACUCGGGCUUAGGGGAGGAGGCUGGCGGUGAGGACAAAUGCCUGCUCCUGCCGCCCAGCUUCCCGCCGCCCCACCGGCAGUGCUCCAGUGAGCCCAACAUCACUGACAGCCCCGAUGAACUGGAGGAGGGGGCAGAGGACAGCCAGGCAGAUGCAGAGCUGAACUGUGCUUCUCUCAGCUGAGUCGCCGCCAUAGGACUUCCCAGCUCCUGCUUCGCACCCAGGAUGCCAACCGACCCCACAGACCACCCCUCCUAUGGGCAAUGCUGCCUCAUUUCUUUUAGGGUACAAGCCUGGUCUCAGUGCCCUGUGGGGAAACCCUUGUAGAACACCUUCAUUUUGACCAGUAUCUCAGCCACACAGACCCAACUGCCUGCAAUGCCCUUUCUGACCUCCAGCCUUAUCCACUUCACCUGGAUCUUCAUCUCUGCCCUUUUCUUCCUCUGAUACUGGACUGGUACCAACACUCCCACGGGUCCAUCCCAGUGCUCCUAGCAUUAAGGUGGUAGGGGUUGUCUGGACCACACAUAAAGCCAUCAAGAAUAUGUUGGCGUCCGCAGCUCCCCCUUCAAGCUCCUUUAACACAGAGGCUUAUGGGUACAGAGUAGUAGAGAAACUUUGUGUAGAGUGAAAGUCAGUUGCAUCCUCUGCCGAGCAUGGCUCAGGGAACGCACCCUCACCUGAGUUCCCACAUUCCUGGGAUUGCCCUGCCCCAUGGUGAAUGUGGGUCCAUCCUCAGCUAUGUCCACAGACAAUGUGCUGCCUGUGUAAAGGCCUUUGGCUUUUGGCCCAGGACAGCCAGAGACUGGGCCAGCCCCAUCAGUCAUUCAGCCUCGGUGUUUCUCUCAGGCUGACUUCCAAGCUCAAGGAACUAACCUCCUUCAGAGUUACCGGUGCCUUCAUCCCCCUGUGACCCAGAAAUGGACCACUUUCUUAUUGUGAGAGCCAGGGGCUGGGUGAUAGCAACCAAUUAGCUUGUACUUGGAUUUGACUUGAAUUUUUAAAACAUGUGUUGUUUCAAAAAAUUGUCUGUGGAUAUCUGCACAUGGGAAAUUACACUGUUCAUUUCCAGUGG